AUGCCGCUGAGACCCGGAACUGUAGCAAAAGCUGCGAUAAACCGGUACCGUCAAGAUCUCUCUCGGAAGUACCUUUCUACUAAGCCAUCGAAAGCCAAUUAUGGUGAUGACAACGAUGACGACGACAAGGCUAUGACGCGACGGUUGGCGCAACUGGCAGAGGAAAGCCGGCCAUUUAAAGACGACCCGCUCGCAGGGAAGCCAUCGUUUUUAAGUCCGGACGAGGUGGCACCCGGGUACCAUGAAACAGUCGGCGCACUUGCUCAAAAGAUAGAGUCACAGGCACACAAAGAGGCCGAGUAUGCGGCGCAGCACCAGCGUGCAGUGCACCUGGCACGUAUCCCGAAAUAUGUGUCCAAGGCUGGCGUCGAUACCGCUCAUGCAACCCCCUGGACAGGACAAGAACAUCAUACGGAUCUGGCACACCGGAUGCUGGUGGACUCUGUGGGACCUGCUAAACAGGUACCUGCAGCUAGCAGACGAAGUAUGGGCGAUCCCCUAUUACCCAUGCCCACAUUUGCAGCUGAUAAGCGGGCCGCGCAAACAGCGGGCUCGAGGAUUGCAGCGGCACGCGAGCAAUCGUUGGAUUAUUCUGCAUUAAAGCAUUCAACCGAAGAUAAGCUUAAAAAGUCACCGCUUGAUGAGGAAGAUAAGUCUGGCCCGUCAUUCCGUGAGCUUUAUGCAGAACGGUUUACACCUGUGGCAGUAGCCGGAACAGCCUCGUUUGCAGGAACAGAGUCUGCAAUUGCAUCGUUAGCUACACAGCGCAUAGAGGCUGCAAUGGCUCGGGGAGAGUUUGCGUCUGUUCGCCGGGGCCCACAGGCUGGAAAGGGUACCGGCGCAUCGACCCCGGAAGUUACCCCACACAUUGAUACCACCGAGUACUUGCUUAACCGCAUCGUCAAGUCCCAGGGAGGUGCACCCGUAUGGAUCGAUCGGCAACGUGAGCUGCAUACCCGUAUUGAUAAUUUCCGCAGAGAAAUGGUUGCCAAGUGGGUUCGCCAGUGUGUUGUUGCACUUGACGACCGCGGCGGGUCCGUGGCCGAAAAGAUUGCUCGUGCUGAGACUCUUGCAGCAAAAAUUAGUGCUGAGGGUUCCAAGUUCCAUGAUGUUAAUUGGGAAACUACACAAGAAAAGUACCAUCAAAUGUCGAUUGACAAUAUCAACUCGGCAAUCCGUAGCUACAAUCUACAGGCACCCAGUGUCGCACGGUGGUCUGGUAUUGUGCUGGCUAAAGAGUUAACUACAUGCUAUGCUACAGGUGCAAACCGACUUGUACCUGAUCUCAAAGCAUUACUUAUAGCCCCGCCACCACCGCCAGCUCUCAAGCCAGGCGAGAUUCCUCAUUCACGUCCCACUGGAGCUGCGUUUUCUAUGGACGCACCGCAGCUUCUUUACGAAGAAAAGGAAGAAGGGUUUCUUUUAAACAGGUUUAAAGAUUUGUUCCGUACAAAGUUAUUCUAA